AUGGGAACAUUGGGGCUGGAUGUUGGUUCUGGGAACAUCAUCAUGACGUGUGGGAGGUGCUGGAUGCUUUGUAAACGGUUUGGUUACGUAGAUUCUUCGAUCGGUUCUAACUGUGUGGGGUGUAUUUCGAUGGAUGAAUUGAAUAUUGAUGAUGCAGAUGGCUGGGCUGGAGGCAAUGAUGUCAUUCCUUUCUUUAGUGUCACGUGA